AUGAACGCCAUUGAAGAUGGAUCGGUAAAGAAAAUUAUGAAGCCGAUUUCAAACUUUAACUGCAUGGAGAAUCUGAAUCAGUUCACAACGGUAGCUAGAAAACUAGGAGUUAAGGACGAAGAGACUUUCCAAUCAAUUGAUUUGUUCGAGGGCCGUGAUCUGUUCUCAGUAUGCGUCACACUCCAAGGACUCUCUCGCAAAGUUUGUCUUUACAAUAUUGCACAA